AUGUCGUCCAAGCCCACCGUAAUCCUCGUCCCUGGUGCCUGGCACACCGAGCACACUUAUCACAAGCUCGUUCCGGACCUCGAGCGCCGCGGCUACAAAACCCGUGCAAUUCGCAACCCGUCGCUCGGCAAGCCCGCCGCCGACGGCCUGGUGGAAAAAGACGCGGAGCACCUGCGAUCUGUCAUCGACCCCUACCUCGCUGCCGGCACCGACGUCAUCGUCGCCGCGCACUCGUACGGCGGAGGCGUCCUGUCUCCCGCCCUGGCGGAUUACUCGUGGAAGAAGGACGAGGGUGGAAAGGGCCGGGUGCUGGGCCUCGUGUACAUCGCGGCCUUCAUUUUACCUGAAGGCAAGACCUUCGCGCAGACCAUGUAUCCGCCCAAUGGCGAGAGCAACAUGAAGGCGGAUGAGAACGGCUUCCUCCCACCCCCCGACCCCCACGUCUUCUACAACGACCUCCCCGAGUCCGAGCAGCGCGAGCUGUACGCCGGCCUCCUCCCGCAGCCGGGCAACAUCGGCACCGAAGUCGGCCGCGGCGCCCCCUGGCAGCGCGUCCCGACCGUGUACGUCAAGACGGCGCAGGACAUCAUCCUCCCCGCCGACGUCCAGCAGCGGAUGGUGGACGCCGUCGAGGGAGGCGAGAAGAUGCGCGUCGUGCUGCUGGACAGCUCGCACUCGCCGAUGCUGAGCAUGCCCGAGAAGGUGGGCGAUGCGGUGGCGUUGGCGGAGGAGUUGGGGAGGGCGAGGUUGGCGGAGGAGGGGUUGGCGUAG